CCGCCAGCCGUCUUCCACAGUCUCGUCCAAGUUCUCCUCCUCCCUGCAUGUCCAUUGGUCAGCCGGUCGACUCCACAAAGCCUCAAACUUGUUUGCUUUAUCAUCCGAGAGGCGCACAGUCCGCUGAGGGGAAAGCGGGGGAAAAAGCGGUGUUGGCGUGGGAGUCGGCAUCAAUUCCUGUGGGAUGCAGAGAAGGUGUGAGAUGAUUGACAGUCUCUCUACAGAACUCUCACGGGGCUAACAGGACAUCAACAUGGACAACAAGAGCUCCUCGUCAGGCAACCUUCACAACAAACGCCGUCCCUCGGAGCCAGAACGGGGCCAGAGGAUCCCAGAUGUGGACACAGCCCAUCAGCUUAAACUCAAAGAGAGGCAGCGUUUCUUUGAGGAAGUCUUCCAGCAUGACGUGGAUGCCUACCUGUCCUCGGCCCACCUUUCUAUUAGAGACUACACAAGACCUCCAAUCGGCAGCAUCUCAUCUAUGGAGGUGAAUGUGGACUUGCUGGACCAAAUGGAGCUGAUUGACAUCUCUGACCAGGACUCUUUGGAUGUCUUCUUGAGCUCUGGAGGAGAAGACAACCUCUUGAACUCCACAAUGCCUGUCAAUGGGAACAACAACCCUGAGGGAGCAAUCACCAAUGGACUCUUUCGACACGUCCUUGAUGGUCUUGAUUCUAAAUCCCGUGCAUCCUCCACAUCCUCAAACUCCUCUUCUGACAGUCAGGCUAACAAUGCCAACAUACAAAACACUUGUGGGUCUCCGCCAGAAGAGCAAGAACCACGCACCAGCACAGUCAAGCGGAUAGCAGCAACCCCAGAGAGAGAGGUAUAGAGAGGGACUCCAUCAUCUACGUGUUUGUAGAAAGUAGACUCGCCUCACCUGACCACAACAUGAUCUCAUAAGAAUCUUAACUCUACUCCACACACUCACACACGUGUACGUAUCCACUUAUCACCGGUGUUAACCUUUUGCUGUUUCAGGCUGGGCUUUAGGUGUGUUUUGGAGGCCUGUGAAUGAGUAGAUUUGAUACAUGUUUGUUUAGGUGCACAACAAACAGUAUGGGCCUGAUUUACUAAAUGUUUGUGUGUACUAAAACAUGUGCAAACCUGAUAGCAACCGCAAAGCUGAUCUACUAAACGUGUGCAAAGUGGAUCGCAUCUGUUAGGUGAGCAGAAUAACGCAACCUAGUACGCAUGCGCGGAAAAUGCCUCCAGUGUUGCUUUGUGUGCAAGUUCUUCAAUUUAACUUACCUGAACAAUAUCCAGUGUUGUGGUAUUUCAAUUAACUGGAAUCCAGUGUGCUAGGGGCCCUAUUGUAGUGAAUCACACCUGAGCCAUCAUAAAUGAAUCAAAUCUUUAUUGGACACGGGAAAGUACACAACGUGAUACAGAAAAUGUUACAUCAAUCAAACUAGGGAUCUAGAUAUCUGGUUAGGACACUCCUCACUCUUUUGCCUUCACCUUCAUUGUCCAUUCCUUUUUGGUGACUUUAUAUACUCUGGCCAUAGGGCAGGGGUCGGCAACCCAAAAUGUUGAAAGAGCCAUAUUGGACCAAAAAUACAAAAACAAAUCUGUCUGGAGCCGCAAAAAAUUAAAAGCCAUAUUACAUACAGAUAGUGUGUCAUGAGAUAUAAAUUUAAUUAAGAGGACUUAAAGGAAACUAAAUUACCUCAAAUAUACCUACAAAUAAGGCAUAUUGCUGCAAUAUGUACAUAUAGCUAGCCUAAAUAGCAUGUUAGCAUCGAUUAGCUUGCAGUCAUGCAGUGCCCAAAUAUGUCUGAUUAGCACUCCACACAAGUCAAUAACAUCAACAAAACUCACCUUUGUGCAUUCAUGCACAACGUUAAAAGUUUGGUGGACAAAAUGAGACAGAAAAAGGAGUGGCAUAAAACACGUCCUAGAAAGUCGGAGAAAGUUAUACAUGUAAACAAACUACGGUGAGUUCAAGGACCGCCAAAAUUAGUAGGACAAAGUGGUGCUCUCCAAAUACUCAAACCAGUGAAGCAUGUUUGAUAUAAACAGUGUGCUUUAUAACAAUCAGGGAGGUUUGCGUCAUGUUUGUCCUCCUACAGAAACCGUAUUAAAACAAAAACUUUUUUUUUUCCCCUCAUCUUUUUCCAUUUUUCAUACAUUUUUAAAAAAGCUCCAGAGAGCCACUAGGGCGGCGCUAAAUGUAGAGCCGCGGGUUGCCGACCCCUGACCUAGACAUUGAGUCAGCAACAUACCGUAUUUUUCGUAUUAUAAAUCGCUCCGGAGUAUACGUCGCACCGGCCGAAAAUGCAUAAUAAAGAAGGAAAAAAACAUAUAUAAGUCGCACUGGAGUAUAAGUCGCAUUUUUGGGGGAAAUUUAUUUGAUAAAAUCCAACACCAAGAAUAGACAUUUGAAAGGCAAUUUAAAAUAAAUAAAGAAUAGUGAACAACAGGCUGAAUAAGUGUACAUUAUAUGACGCAUAAAUAACCAACUGAGAACGUGCCUGGUAUGUUAACGUAACAUAUUAUGGUAAGAGUCAUUCAAAUAACUAGAACAUAUAGGACAUGCUAUACGUUUACCAAACAAUCUGUCACUCCUAAUCGCUAAAUCCCAUGAAAUCUUCUUCCUCUGUCGCUUCUAAACAACUCUGCCAACUCCAAAGGUAUGCGCCGCUUCCUCUUGCCGUUUUCUGCUGCAUAUUUCACUACGUCCAGCUUGUAAUCUGCAGUAUAUGAUUUCCUUUUCGGUGCCAUUUUGUUCAGCCCUUGUCAGUUUUUAUAAGUUACCGCCAAUGUUGAAAUGAUCCAUUUUUAUAGCUACGGACGUAGUAGCAAGUAGCAUCCCAUGACCCACAAUGCACUUCUGCCAUGACCCGCCCCCACCAAAUUUUUAUUGGUUGACGUGUGUGUGACGAUUGCUGACAUUCGCCUCGUCUCUUACGGGAAUGAGAUAAAUAUUAUUUGAUAUUUUACGGUAUCAUAAAUCGCACCCCCGGCCAAACUAUGAAAAAAACUGCGAUUUAUAAUCCGAAAAAUAUGGUACAUGGCGGACAAUAACUGACAGUCUGCCUGGCCAGUCCAAAUGCAUUCGCCGUUUUCCGCAGUCUUCCCUCGACAGCCAGGUAAUACAAAGCACACGCUACCUUUUUUUAUCACAUCCACAGGAGCCCGCGUUCUUGUUGUCUCUCCUUCGACAAAUGGACAAAGUUUUUCGGUAAGUAGAAUCACAGCUGACCUGGACAUUGGAAAGUUCUCUUGCCGUCUGAGAAGUGUUGUAUCCCAAAUAGCUGCAAUCACUUUCUCUUAAGGUAUUCAUGUGUGAUUUCCACAAGCGUCUGUACAGACGGAAGGAGAAACACGGGCAUGUCUGGAUGGCUCGCCUCCAUAUUUCCAGUGGUUAGCUCCGAGUUACGAAACCCAGGGGCGUCACUAGCUUUUAAGGACAGGGGGGGCUUAGCCCCCUGGAGAUGCACAGGAUGCGAGCGAACGUAGCGCACGAGCACAAAACUUCACAAACGGCUAACAAAGACUUAGAAAUUAAUCAUUGUUAUUAUUAUUAUUUCAGUGGGUUUAUUUUCAAUGUGUGUUCAGUACAACAACAAACAUGGGUUUGCACAGUGACAUUUUGUUUACAGCAUCAACAAGAAACAAUUACUUGCAUGAUCCUUCAAGAUACACUGAAACACAAUGAAAGUCAUGGCAUUAGCCUCUAUGUUAUGCAUUCACAACAUAGAGGCUAAUGCCACCACUUUAGCUCACAAUACAAUAAUUGUUUGUUCCCAAAUAUUUUGAAGUUGCACAGAUUACAUUUUGGGCACAUAUGUGACUAAAAUGGUUGUAAAUUCAAGCCCUGGAAAUAUUACUUAAUUACUUGAAUUAAAGUAAUAUCUGGAUCGGGAUAAUUUGGCUUGUAUAUAAUAUAUUUAUAUAUAAAUAUAUUAUGGCAAGCCGUUAAGGAAAUUACAUAUAUAUGGAAGUCUGAAUAGAAAUGAGAAACUUUUAUAUAUACUGUAAAUAAGAAAAACUUAGAGUCUGUCUGCUGAUCUGAAAAAGAGCCAAAGCUGUCAAAGAGCGGAGGGACCAUCUUCAAAGUGCAUUGCUGAAACAAAUAAUGCAAACAAUAAAAUGUAACUUCCAGGGCUUGAGAUUAACGUAGUCCCGUCGUCCCGGGGACGGUAAAAAAAAUGCACAGGACGAAAUUAAAUGCUCCCCGGGACGAUGGCUUUUAACCUUUUUUUUUUUCUUUUUAUGUAUUGAUUCAUUUUACAUUUUAUAUUAAAUGUCUUGGUUUUUCCACCCUCUGAAAAUCCUAUGAAAUGUUUAACAAGCCAUCCUAUAAUAAUACAACAGCUAUUAAUGUAACAAUACAAUAAAACAAAUACAUUGAAUGAUGUUUUUUUCAUUAUUUUAACAAUAGGCUAAUGUAUAUUACUUUAUAUAGAUUCUACAAGAAACACAAAACUUAAAAACUAAAUUAUUUACAAUUGCAGACACAAGGUUCUUGUUCUGCAGUGCUGUGUACUAAUGUGCUUCGUACACCUGCAGGACCGCAAGCAAGGUCGCAGAGAAAAUGCGGACUGGAUUUUGAGUGAUGUGGGCAUUUUCUAUAUGAACAAGUCCAAGGACCGCAAGCAAGGUUGCAGAAAAAAUGCGGACUGGAUUUUGAGUGAUGUGGGCAUUUUCUAUAUGAACAAGUGGAAUGGAUUGGACACCGACGCACUAAUGGGGCUCUCUAUCUUACACUAUGAAGUGAGGGGAAACUGAGUGAAUAAUGACAGGUUAUAUGAUUAUUUAUUUAAACUCAUAUUCGGGCCACUUUAUAAUGAAUAUGUCGGCAUGUAUUUGUAAAAAAAUAAAAUAAAAAAUAUAUUUUUUUAUUUUAUUUAUUUUUUUAACUCCAAAUUAUUUAGGGGGGCUUAAGAACAUUUUAGUGGGGUUGAGCCCCCCUAAAAUAGGCCUAACAACGCCAAUGACGAAACGGCUUUAUUAUGAAGCUGGCUGUGGCGCGUUCUUUCUGACAUCACUUCCUGUGUGGGCCGCGGUCUUUCUGGCAUCACUUCCUCUCUGAACUCAGUUUGUAAACAAUCAAUUAGUCCAUUCAAAGCUAAGAGCCAGAGAUUCAACAAAAUACACGGCGCACUUACCCGUGUUAAAAAAUUGUCCGAGGAGGGGACCUUAAACGAUGGAUUAAUGUGGCUGAAACGCGGGUUAGGCUAAAUAAUUAUUUAAGGGGUUAUCUGGCUUAGUGUAGACAUAGACUAAGGUGUGCAAUCCAUUCUGCGUCUGUCUUCAUUAAUACGCAAAAUUUACACUGAUCAAAACACCCACAAUGCAGGGAGGAGAAAAUGCAAAUAUAAUUAUUUUGCAGGCCAAGUUGCUUCCUUGUUAUUACUCCAAACUUGAGAAGCACUGUCUUAAUGGGACUUUCCUGGGUAAAUAAAGGUAAAACAUUUAAAAAAAAACCUGGCAGUGCCACACACGGCUGCAGGAUCAGAGCGUGUCAACAUUUUGGACGAUCAGAAAUAAAUAAGGUAUUAGACAUAGCGUCAUUCAGCAACAUCAUUUUAUAAUUUGACUGCAGCUGGACGACUGAAGGGGCUGACUAAAACAAAUUCAGUUGAUGCGUUUUGGUGUCCUUUAGUGUUUUUGUUGUUUAUUUUUCCAUAAAAUAUUUCUUACGUGAUAAGAACUUCUAUACGUAUGCAUUUUUUUUUUGGCAUUUAGAGCAGAAUAGAUGCAGCCUCUCUUCAAUUAACGCACCUUUGGCGGAGAAAAAGUGGUUUUAAUUGCAGAUGCACUUUGGACUGUGUCUAAUUGUUUGUCUUGUUUGAAAACAUACCAAACCCCUGCAAGUCGGAGCAUGACAAGAUGAAUGUGCGGUAAAUGUGUCUCCAUGGUGACGCUUUGUACAUUUCACGCAAAAUCCUCAUUUAAAAUAAGGCGGUGUACACCACCUCCGAAUUGCACACGCAGUGUUAGUAAAUUGCAUGCAACACACGCACUAAUAGUACACAGUCUUUUAUUGCACACGCUGUUCAGCAAGUGGUAUUUAGAUCUUAGUAAAUCAGGUCCUAUGUCUUCUUGACUGAACAUUAUGACGGACAUUUUUUCUGUUCUGUGUAACAAACACGAUUUAACACUGACAGGUUAUUAGUUGUCCAUAUUGAAUGUUUUGAAGUAACAAUUGUCUUCCCUAAUAAUAUAAACAAUAAAUUAUUAGCUCAAAAAAUUUCCAAAGAUUAUUGACUUCCACUUUCAUAGAACAAUUACAUUCACUUUCUGCGAGGGGAAUGCUGCAUAUAGGGAAGAUGUGACAGACGUUCAUGGCAUCAACAAAGGGCACGUCAAAAUUAGGGAUGUAUAUCAUUAGGAUUUUAUAUGAUACCCUUAUCGAUAUUCCUUAUAGAUACCGGUAUUUAUUGAUUGUCUUAUCAGUACUACUUGUAAUUGUUAA